AUGGCGCGAAAACAACAGGCAGCCAUCCAAGAGACUGUUGAAAACAAUGAGGACUUUGAAACUUAUUUGGAGACACACAAGGAUAUAUUAAUUUGUUUGGAGGUGUACUCCGAAUUCUGCGGACCAUGUUUGGCUACAAGUUUCGCCAUCAGGAAGGGUAAAAUGGAGAUUGGACAAGACAAAAUCGGUAUGGUUAAGGCUUGUGCAGACAACAUUGACGCUUUAUCGAGAUUCAAGGGAAAAAGUGAACCAGCGUUUCUUUUUAUUCGAGACCACAAGCUACUUCGAGCUGUUUUCGGAGCAAAUGGUAUUGAACUAUGUCGUGUUAUAGAGGAGGAACUCAAAUUUAUGGAUGAAGAGUUUAAAACAGGCGGCUCAACGAGACACAAGUAUGAGAUUAGUGACCAUUUGCCAGAAGAAGAGAUAAAAUUGAAAGAAAUCAUACGACUUGAAGAAGAGUACCGUGAGAAUUCAGAGAGACUGCGUGUAUUGACUCUUGCUGCUCGUAAGAAAAGAGUGAACGAACGUCUCUCUCGGCAUAUAAAACGAUUAAACUUCAUCUUAUUCUGGCCGAGCUGCCAUCAGGCCCAUUACGAUUUGUACGAGAAAUGGGACAUGAUCAACGUCCAGGUGGCAGCGAAGGAAACUUUUCAGUUAACUGAGGAAGACGCCAGGGAGGCAAUGUACAUGAGCGAUGUGGAUCUUAACGACGCUUGUCUCUACGAGCUACUUAAAGGAGAAAUCCUCGUUGUACUCUUCAAGAUGUUGGACACUGAUAUGAGGGAUUUUAUUCAACUAAUGCGGUAUGCGUUAUACGAAGAGAUUCCUAUUCCUAAGGAAGACGUUCCUCCAGAGAAACAGAUCCCACCAAUUCCUGCGUACGAACGAUACGCGAGCAUAAGUAAAACGGCGAGAGAAGUGCGACGCGACAGAUACAAUAUUAAGUUGGCGAUAAUCGCAAAAGAGAAAGAAGAGGCUGAUCGUCUAGCAGCUGAGCAAGCUCGCUUAGCUAGAGAAGCAGCAGAAGAUGCUGCAAGGUUAGAGAAGCAACGCAAGGAGGAGGAAAAGAUGGCCAGAAUUCAGGCAGGGUUACCGGCUGAGGAAGAAGAGGAACCGCCCCCCGAAGACGUGGAAGGCGAAGAAACAGAGAAGGUAGAAGGAGAAGAAGUUGAACCAGAGGUCAAGGAAGAAGAAGAAGAAGAAGUAUUCCAGUCGGACGUAGAGGUCGAGGGUGAAGAGUACAUUCCUCCCGGAGGGUUGUUCGUUCCGGGUCUAUAUUCACCCCCCAAUGAACUCGCCAAGGCUAACGGAUUGAGUUUAUUCUACCCGAAGGCAGUGCUAGAGUUGGCACAAACGAUUGAAACCGAAUUUCUGCCCCCACAUGUGCUCAUCAUGUUCCCGAUCGAUAAACGACAUGAUAUAAAGGAAGUCAUGGACCAAUAUGCUUCGGAAAUACUUAACAUAGGGUUUUUCGUGGGUGACGAUCCGUACAACGCGGAACAUAUUGCGUUUACUAUGAAACAAUACGACAAAUUGGUUCGCAAGAAGAAACAUUUAGACCGGAUGGCAGUUAUGGUGUCCCGAAAACGGAGUUUGCCAAUGCUCCAAUUGGCUGUAUUUAAUCCGGUUUACAUCAGCGCUGACGUAGUUUCUGGCGAGAAGGAAUGCCUUACUCUGUUCCCCGUAGGGUACGGAGACGACUAUGAAGACGAAGAAAGUGUACACGAAGAAGAAGUUGUGGUUAAAAUAGAAGAACCUCCACCAGCAGAGGUCGAGGAGGUUGAAGAACUGCCGCCUGAAAACGAAGAUCAGGAGGAUGAAGAUUAA